GCAUCGUAAUUUACGCAGAGCACCACUAAACCAGACCCUAAAAUGGAAACUUAAACAAAUCGAAAAAACAGAACUCUAUAUUCUCAUUUUCUGUUGUUCUUGUUCGUCGUCUUUCAUGGACGUAGAAAAACCCUUUUUUGUUACUAUCUGCUGGGCUAAUUUCACACGACCAUCAUACACAGUUUACUUCUUAAUCCUCACAGUCAUAUCCAUUUCCAUACUUCAGAUUAGUUCAAAAUCAUCUGUUUUUCCAUCAACAUGGGUUAUCGGUUCUUCCAAAUCAGAAUCAGAAGAGAAAACAAGGUUUUUAACAGACCCAGGAAGUUGUUAUUGGUUUUACAAAAAUGAAGUAUCACCCAGAAAAAUGGUUAUGUCUAUUAGAGAUUUUGGUGGGAUUGGUGAUGGCAAUACAUCAAAUACAAUAGCUUUUAGAAAAGCUUUAGAAUAUCUCAAAAGAUUUGAUAAGAAUGGUGGUUCACAACUGAAUGUUCCAGAAGGAAGAUGGGUUACUGGUAGCUUUAAUCUUACUAGUAAUUUCACUCUCUUCUUGGAAUUUGGUGCUGUUAUUUUGGGUUCCCAGAUUCCAGAGGAGUGGCCAGUGAUAGAGGCAUUACCAUCUUAUGGAAGAGGUAGAGAGAGAUUAGGAGGAAGACACAUAAGCCUCAUUCAUGGUGAUUCCCUCUCUAAUGUUGUCAUUACAGGAGAGAAUGGAACCAUUGAUGGUCAGGGUAGGAUGUGGUGGGAUCUAUGGUGGAACAGAACACUGGAGCAUACGAGAGGCCACUUAGUUGAAUUAAUGAACUCACACAACAUCCUCAUCUCCAACCUCACUUUCCGCAACUCUCCUUUUUGGACCAUCCAUCCUGUUUACUGCAGCGACGUUGUAAUCAAGGGGAUGACUAUACUGGCUCCUUUGAACGCUCCCAACACAGAUGGUAUAGACCCAGAUUCUAGCACAAACGUCUGCAUCGAGGACUGUUACAUCGAGAGUGGCGAUGAUUUAGUUGCAGUGAAGAGUGGGUGGGAUCGAUAUGGAAUCAAAAUGGCUCGUCCGAGCUCGAAUAUUGUUGUUCGGAAUGUAUCAGGUACAACUCCCACUUGCUCUGGUGUGGGAAUUGGUAGUGAGAUGUCUGGUGGGAUUUCCAAUGUACAUAUAGAAAACUUACAUGUUCGCAACUCAGCCGCUGGUGUUCGGCUGAAAACUGACAUAGGCAGAGGGGGAUAUAUAAUCAACAUUACCAUAACUAAUAUCACCUUGGACAGAGUAAAAAUACCUUUUAGGUUUAGUAGGGGUGCUAAUGACCACCCUGAUGAUGGAUGGGAUCCCAAAGCACUUCCCACCGUGAAAGGCAUCUACAUUAGUAAUUUGGUCAGCAUUGACACUAUACGAGCACCAUUAUUAGAGGGAAUAGAAGAUUCUCCUUUUGAAGGAAUUUGUAUGAGGAAUAUUAGUCUUUUAGGGUUAAGCCCAUCAUUAAAAUGGCAGUGCGAAUUCGUUAAAGGUGUAGCUGUUCAAGUAUCUCCAGAACCAUGCCAACAGCUUCUAAAUGACAACAGCGGCUCUUCAUCAUGGUGUCUAAACUCAAUAGGAUUUCAAUAACCAACUCAAACUCUUCAAGACAAGAUUACAUUAGGAGCAGGUUUGGUAACAUAUUCAUCUUGAUCCAAUUGGGUCUAGUAUUGGCAGGUCGGCAGGAAUGUCGCAUAGAUUCGCGCACUUUUGAACGAAACUGGAUUCAAUUAAUCUAGAAUCUGUUGUUUGAAGAGGGAGGAAGACAUUCAUGCCUGUAUAUUUGCGGGAUUUAGUAUUUGUAUACCACAAAGAGAUGUUCAAAGGGUCUCAACACUCAUUUGCUUUAUUUCUGAUUUAUGAUUCAUAGGGUUUUAGAAAAGCACAUACCCAUUUUUUUACACUGUAUAAAGUCCAGCAGACAUCAUGGCAAAUUUUAAUGAAGAGAUAUAGAUAUUUUUUUCUUUUGAAA